AGCGGUGAGUGGCUCGCGGGGUCAAUCCCCUCCUGAUGACAAAGCGGGGGACCACAUCGAUUCAUAAUUCGGAAGAGGUGUUCGCCUGAGUGCCAAGAUGAUCCCGGCAUGUUUCCCCACGAAGACUUUCAUGAGCAAGCGCAAUCGCAAACAGCUUCUGCUCUCCGUUCUUCUGAUGCUCGGAGCUCUGGCCGUGUACCACGAGAUACUUGUUGUCAAAGCGUGGAGCGGGGAAACGAGAAUGAAUCCUGACGCUGACGGCAGAGGCUUGAAGAAAACCAUGUUUACCAAAAUGGUCAGAAGGGACCAUCAACCAGACUCUUUGGAGGAUUCAGCUGUUUUGAGCUUCACUCCACAGACCUGGAAACCAGAGUAUAAGGGACGGGCUAAUCUGCAUGUCUUUGAAGACUGGUGUGGCAGUUCUACAGCUGACCUUCGCAAGAACCUGCACUACCCUCUGUAUCCUCAUUCCAGGAUGACAGUGCGGAAGCUGGCCAUCUCUCCUCAGAGGACCAGCUACGGGCUCAGGAUAUUUGGUUAUUUACAUCCAUAUACUGACGGAGAGUUUGAAUUUGCUUUGAGCUCUGAUGACAACUCUGAGUUGUGGCUCAGCACAGAUGACGAUACACUUAACUUGCAAUUGUUGGCAUGGGUUGGGAAGACCGGCUCCGAAUGGACAGCCCCAGGCGAGUUUGAGAAAUAUGCCAGUCAGACUUCAAAACCAGUAAGGCUGUCUGCUCAGAAGAAGUACUUCUUUGAAGUUAUCCACAAGCAAAACGACAAAGGGACUGACCACGUGGAGGUGGCAUGGCAGCUCCUGGACAAAGGCUUUGGGUUCAAGGUUAUUGAAUCCAGUCACAUCUCUCUCUAUGUUGAUGAGUCUGCCUUGUUGAUGAGUGACGUAUCCCAAAUACCGCAGACGGCUGCAAGUCCCCAGCACACGCCCACAAAACAGCAGAUUGGUUCAGCAGACAUGUUGAGGGAAGACCUGCGAGACACUCUGUAUCGAGUGCCUUUGAUACACAGCACGUUUCUACAAGAUGUCCUUCCUGGCUGCUCUUACAAACCCAGCUACACGAUCAAAAACAUUCCCCUCUACCGUUACCAAGGAUUGCAGUUUGUCCACAUGUCCUUUAUCUACCCCAAUGACUACACCCGACUUACACACAUUGAGACAGAGAACAGCUGCUUCUACCCCAAAAGCCUGCAGUACAUGAAUAAGUUACGUUUUUCUAGAUACAUGAAACUAGACCUUUCUGAUAAGCAGGACAUCGGAGAGCAGCGCAAUAAAGAAUAUCAUAGGAAGAUGACCCCGAAAAGGAACCAUACCCAAAUCCGGAGACUCAAAGACUCAGAGCUUCAACCCUUCCAGAGAGAUUCUCCUCUGUAUGCAAAACCCAAGAAGAUAGGGAUGAAAAUGCCUCUACAAUUUGUAGAAAAGAGCACCCACAGAACCGGCACUGAUAUCAACUGGGGCCAGACCUUCCAGAUCAACCACCUGAACCUCCAGGCACACCGAUCAGAUCAGAUCGACCUGGGCUGCAACAUCGCAGGCAACCUGCUUCUCCACUCGAGUGAGGCUCUGCCCGUGGUCAAAGCUUUCAUGGAACAACUCAAGAAAAAGCACCACGGGCAAUUCACGUUGGUGCGUGUUGUUAACGUGGUGAAGCACGUGGACGCGGCCAAGGGCAGCCGCUACCUUCUGGAGCUGGAGCUGAACGAUGUGCACGGCCAGCUGCUGCGCCUGUCGCACUACGUCUAUGCUCCGAUUCUCCAAAGGCAACACAGCCUGGACUUCAGUUUCAAACAACCUGAACCUCAGCUGACGCUCUGUAACCCGGUGGGCUUCCAAUGGAAUCCUAAGGCCAACAUCCACUUCAUAGUACCUGUGAAAAACCAGGCUCGCUGGGUGCAGCAGCUGAUUGCAGACAUGGAGCAAUUGUUCAUAGAAACUGGAGACCUCAACUUCAAUCUCAUCAUCACUGAUUACAGCAGCACGGACAUGGACGUGAAGAAGGCUCUAGAGAAAUCCUCUCUCCACAGGUACCAGUAUGUGAAGCUGAGUGGAAACUUUGAGCGCGCGGCUGGUCUGCAAGCAGGUGUCGACCUUAUAAAUGAUGACAACAGCAUUGUGUUUCUUUGUGACCUCCACAUCAACUUCCCUCCCUUCCUCAUGGACACCAUCAGGAAACACUGUGUGAAGGGAUACAUGGCCUUCGCUCCAAUAGUCCUGAGACUGGACUGCGGGGUUACGCGUUUAGAAGCCAGAGGUGUCUGGGAGGUCAAUGGCUUUGGCCUGCUGGGGAUCUAUAAGUCAGAUUUGGACGCAGUGGGAGGAAUGAACACCAAGGAAUUCAGAGACCGAUGGGGAGGAGAAGACUGGGAGCUCCUCGACAGAAUUCUCAUGGCAGGGCUUGAAGUGGAGAGGUUCUACUUGAGGAACUUCGUCCACCACUUCCACUCCAAACGUGGCAUGUGGAGGCAAGCGCCACCCAGCUACAGAUGACCUCUUCACCUGAUGGCUGCACCAUGACCACGGCCGCCAAGGUUACAACCACGGCAACCAGAGAACUUUAAGGCCGGAGCCCGAUUCCUGCUCCAGAACCGUAACACCUGCUGACUGACAGAUUAGGAUUGGAUACUGUCUUCAUCCACUUCAGCUCUGUGAAAAAAGCAAUUUACAGGUGGCGGCGGUGAUGAUGGUUGGUUGGGAGAUACUACUGAUACCUCCCAACACCAUUGACAUUGUGAUAUUACAAAUGAAGAUACAGCCAGGCACCACGUCGCUGAUGAACACCAUGGUGAUCUGCAUUUCUGGCUGCAGGGAACUGACCUGAACCAAAGAUACUGAAGCUUUAUUCACACAAGUGUCCUAUAUUAUAAUAGAGCACAGAUUUUUCACUGGAGAAUAAAUGUAUUCUUUUAUUUGUGACUAAAUCAAAUAAACUGCAGAGUGUGUAGAUGGUAAACACAGCCUUAUUUAUCAAGUUGUAAAUUAUGGAAACAUUUAUAUUUAUUGUUUUUUUUGGUUUGUAGGAUUAUGUUUUCAUUUGAGUCAACAUUAUUUCUAGAAACACAUGAACAUCAUAAAAAUGUCUUCCCCUUAUUGUUCUAUCCAAUAUGAAAUGUGCCUUCUCUUGUGAUGGUUAUUCAGGUGUUGGUGCUACACAGUGCUGUUUUUACAGUCAGGAAAUCCCUUCAACUGGGAACAAAAUAGAGAUAUUUAAGUGAUUUUAAUUAUUGUAUAAUUUUGUUUUGUCUCACAACUACUGUCAAUCAUAUUUAAAGAGGUCUGUUUGUGUUGCCCGGUGCAUCACAGACAGUGUUGUCUGCCUGUUCUCCCGAGACUGACACUUACCAAAGAUAAUAGUUGAAAGUGGAGGAUAAUGACUUCUAAUGCAAUCCUGUCCAGAAAAGUUCAAAAGCGAAUAAAAAUGUGUAAAUAUAGCACAAAAGGCUAGUUUAGUCAAUAGCUUGUUUUACUGUCAUAUAUGUCUGUGCAGUCAGCUCAUGUUAUUGUUAUUGAUCUCCCUGCUGAAUUUAAUAGAGGUUUUUCAAAAUAUUUUUGGGGAGAUACAUAUCAAAACCUUUGUUUAAGGAGUGGGAAAUAUUGCUUUCAGUGUCAACACAGUAAAUAUUGUAGAAAACAUAGUGAUGCAAUAUGAUUUCUGUAUUUCUUAUAACUAGACCAAUGUCCGGAUUGUUCACAUUCCAGUUCAACAAAAUUGUUGUAGCUUUCUUAGUCUUUUGAAUCGGGGUUAGUUGGUAUUUAUGACAAUAAAAACACAAUACUGGUCUGAUGCCAGACUUGGUUUUGUUUUUAAUAUUGGCAGGAAUUUUGUGAUGUUUUUAUUCUCCUUUUUUUGGCUACCAUAGUAUUGAAGCUUUUGAAAUGUGGUUUCUGGUGAGGCAGGAAUGUUUGAUGUAUUUUACUACUCCUUGAUGUCUUGUUUUAAGAUAUACCUCACCCCUCUGCCAGUGCUGACAGUUCACCUCUGCCUUAUGGUACUGUUAUGACACGUCUCUUCUUUCAGAGACAGCAUUGUUGUUCCAUUUUACACUGAAUAAAUCAUGUGCCUUUA